GCCGCCAUUAUACUGUACAAUUAAAUGUUUAGUUUUUAGACUUUGUUAGUAUAGAAAAUUGUGUAAGAAAAAGUCACAGAAGACAUUCUUUCCGUACCAAAUAGGCUAUAAAUUCGUACAAGAAUUAUUUAAUCAAUGGCGUUACAAACCUAUGGAGAUAAGCCUGUGGCUUUUCAGUUGGAGGAAGGCGGCGAAUAUUACUAUGUGGGCUCGGAAGUGGGAAAUUAUAUGCGCUUGUUUCGUGGUAUUUUGUAUAAGAAGUAUCCUGGUAUGACGCGGUUAGUACUCUCAAAUGAAGAGCGUAAAAGGCUCGCUGAUUCUGGCCUGAGUUCGCAUAUAUUGGCCAGUUCAGUAUCUUUGCUACGUGCUGUCGAAGUUGAUGACAUUAUUGCUGGGAACGAUGAAAAAUAUCGAGCGAUAUCGGUUAACACAUCGGAAACACCUCUUCCACGUGAGAGUAAGUCUAAAAAACAACCGCAGUAUGUUCCCACUAUGCCGAAUUCCAGCCAUCUGGACGCAGUUCCACAAGCUACACCAAUCAAUCGCAAUCGGGUUCAUACUAAAAAAGUUCGCACUUUUCCCAUGUGCUUUGAUGAUACCGAUCCAAGUACUAAUAUUGAAAACGCAGCACAAAAGGAAUGUUUAGUACCAAUACGUCUAGACAUGGAAUUGGAAGGACAGAAGUUGCGCGACACAUUCACUUGGAAUAAAAAUGAGAGUAUGAUAACACCAGAACAAUUUGCUGAAGUACUUUGUGAUGAUUUGGAUCUAAAUCCUAUUCCCUUUGUGCCCGCCAUUGCACAGGCAAUUCGACAGCAAAUUGAAGCGUUUCCCAAUGAACCACCAAUACUGGAAGAAAGUAGUGACCAGCGUGUUAUUGUUAAACUUAAUAUUCACGUCGGUAAUACCUCCCUUGUUGACCAAGUUGAGUGGGAUAUGUCUGAAAAGAAUAACAAUCCUGAGGAAUUUGCUAUAAAAUUAUGCGCAGAACUUGGUUUAGGAGGAGAGUUCGUAACAGCAAUUGCUUACAGCAUACGAGGCCAAUUGUCCUGGCACUGUCGUACUUAUGCUUUUAGCGAGGCUCCGCUAUCAACCAUCGACGUUCCCUUCCGAAACCCCAGCGAUGCUGAUGCAUGGGCACCAUUCCUUGAAACGUUAACCGAUGCUGAAAUGGAAAAGAAGAUCCGAGAUCAAGAUCGUAAUACGCGCCGUAUGCGCCGCUUAGCCAACACGACUACCGGUUGGUAGAGUCGACAGCAUUAGAAUGUAUUACUUAACCGAAAUAUAUAUAGCAGAUAUUCCAGUAAAAAUUAAA